AUGUUCCGGCCCCCUCCUACGUUCCACAAUGUUCCGGCCCCCUCCUACGUUCCAGAAUGUUCCGGCCCCCUCCUACGUUCCAGAAUGUUCUGGCCCCCUCCUAGGUUCCAGAAUGUUCCGGCCCCCUCCUACGUUCCAGAAUGUCCCGGCCCCCUCCUACGUUCCAGAAUGUUCCGGCCCCCUCCUACGUUCCAGAAUGUUACGGCCCCCUCCUACAUUCCAGAAUGUUCCGCCCCCCUCCUACGUUCCAGAAUGUUCCGGCCCCCUCCUACGUUCCAGAAUGUUCCGGCCCCCUCCUACGUUCCAGAAUGUUCCGGCCCCCUCCUACAUUCCAGAAUGUUCCGGCCCCCUCCUACGUUCCAGAAUGUUCCAGCCCCCUCCUACGUUCCAGAAUGUUCAGGCCCCCUCCUACGUUCCAGAAUGUUCCGGCCCCCUCCUACGUUCCAGAAUGUUCCGGCCCCCUCCUACGUUCCAGAAUGUCCCGGCCCCCUCCUACGUUCCAGAAUGUUCCGGCCCCCUCCUACGUUCCAGAAUGUUACGGCCCCCUCCUACAUUCCAGAAUGUUCCGCCCCCCUCCUACGUUCCAGAAUGUUCCGGCCCCCUCCUACGUUCCAGAAUGUUCCGGCCCCCUCCUACGUUCCAGAAUGUUCCGGCCCCCUCCUACAUUCCAGAAUGUUCCGGCCCCCUCCUACGUUCCAGAAUGUUCUGGCCCCCUCCUACGUUCCAGAAUGUUCCGGCCCCCUCCUACGUUCCACAAUGUUCCGGCCCCCUCCUACGUUCCAGAAUGUUCCGGCCCCCUCCUACGUUCCAGAAUGUUCUGGCCCCCUCCUAGGUUCCAGAAUGUUCCGGCCCCCUCCUACGUUCCAGAAUGUCCCGGCCCCCUCCUACGUUCCAGAAUGUUCCGGCACCCUCCUACGUUCCAGAAUGUUCCGGCCCCCUCCUAAGUUCCAGAAUGUUCCGGCCCCCUCCUACGUUCCAGAAUGUUCCGGCCCCCUCCUACGUUCCAGAAUGUUCCGGCCCCCUCCUACGUUCCAGAAUGUUCCGGCCCCCUCCUACGUUCCAGAAUGUUCCGGCCCCCUCCUACGUUCCAGAAUGUUCCGGCCCCCUCCUACGUUCCAGAAUGUUCCGGCCCCCUCCUACGUUCCAGAAUGUUACGGCCCCCUCCUACAUUCCAGAAUGUUCCGCCCCCCUCCUACGUUCCAGAAUGUUCCGGCCCCCUCCUACGUUCCAGAAUGUUCCGGCCCCCUCCUACGUUACAGAAUGUUCCGGCCCCCUCCUACAUUCCAGAAUGUUCCAGCCCCCUCCUACGUUCCAGAAUGUUCAGGCCCCCUCCUACGUUCCAGAAUGUUCCGGCCCCCUCCUACGUUCCAGAAUGUUCCGGCCCCCUCCUACAUUCCAGAAUGUUCCGGCCCCCUCCUACGUUCCAGAAUGUUCCGGCCCCCUCCUAUGUUCCAGAAUGUUCCGGCCCCCUCCUACGUUCCAGAAUGUUCCGGCCCCCUCCUAUGUUCCAGAAUGUUCCGGCCCCCUCCUACGUUCCAGAAUGUUCCGGCCCCCUCCUAUGCUCCAGAAUGUUCCGGCCCCCUCCUACAUUCCAGAAUGUUUCGGACCCCUCCUACGUUCCAGAAUGUUCCGGCCCCCUCCUACAUUCCAGAAUGUUCCGGCCCCCUCCUACGUUCCAGAAUGUUCCGGCCCCCUCCUACGUUCCAGAAUGUUCCGGCCGCCUCCUACGUUCCAGAAUGUUCCGGCCCCCUCCUACGUUCCAGAAUGUUCCGGACCCCUCCUACGUUCCAGAAUGUUCCGGCCCCCUCCUAG